UUUACUUUGGAUCAGUUUUGACCUCAUUUCGGUACAAUGGGCAAGAGAAGGUAAAGAGGCAACGACAUCUCACCGCUCACGGGUCAAGCAUUUAGUAUGUCAACUUUAAAAUAAAACUAUUUCCAGUUGAUUUCACACUACAUUCUUGCUUCGAACAUUCAACCAUCUGAAAAUAAGUCAUCAAUGAUUACAUGUGGUGUUCGAGUUUCCGGUAGUAAAGUAAAAGUAUAAUGAGCACGACUGUGUUGUGACAUCCAUACACAGGAUAAAGUGAAGUAUAUUGUUUGCUGUCACGGAGCUAAAGGUUUCAACUGUGCAGCCCAUCCUGCUGCUUUGGCUAUCAGAAUACAGCAGUAGUAAAUGAUAUUUACAUGAGACAGCUGAGACAAGUCGUGUCCCCUACAUGCUCACAUACAUCUACAUUCAUCUGUUCAUAGGAAGGUUUAUUGUUUUUGUUAUCUUUUGUCUUUUAUGACAUGGAGACCGGAAGGAAGAUCGUGAUGCGAGUUGUGGUACGAUGGGUUAAUGUGCAUUAACCCAACACACACCACCACCCAUUAUGAUAUAUUCAUAAAAAAAAACGAAAGAAAUAACAGAAAAAAAAAAUCCCAAACCCUAAAUAAACUGAGCUGGUGGUUGUUUAUCAAAUGUCUCCCCUCUGGUGCCUGACUGGCAGAGUGUUUGCAUUAGAUAUUGCGUGGUUUAAAGGUUUAUUUGAAUGAUAUCCAAAUGACCUUGAAUCUUUUGUUGAAAACAAUAGUCCUCCCUCGAGCAGUAAGUGGUGCCACACCAAGACCCUGGACAGGUGGUUGUGGCACACUCUUAUAAUACAUCAAGAUGAUGAGUAAAUGAUUUGUGAUUUUCUGUCAAGGUAAACUAAUGUACAAUAAGCAGCCAGCCCUUGGUCUGCAUUACAUGUUUUAUGUUGCAGCAAAAAUCAAUAUUCUGAACUGACAAUUCAAAAUCACUGUGUGAAAAGCAACUGUGAAAAGCAUUUAUUAAAGUGUCAUUUCACCCAGACUACAAGGAAAACAUUUUCUCACUUAUCUCUCUCAAAUAGAAAGAGAGUAGAAAGCAGUUAGAUAUAAAACUUUUCAGAGUGAUGUAUGUGAAGUAAGGGAGGCACUGUGUUUGUUAAGCUGCUCUUUAACAGUGGCAGACUCAGGGUGUCUGAGGGGCAGGGACCAAAAACAACAGGAAGUUGUGAUGCCUUUAUGGUGAAAUAGUAACAAACCCUGGGUAAAAUUACAAUUGUUUUAAUAUGUGACUCAGAAGCUAUAGAGGAAUAAUUAUUCAUUCCCUGUCCCUUGUCAGCACUUUCACCAUUACUCAAGUUACUUGUUUUGUUUUUUUGUCACCUUCAUUUGCAAUGCAUAUUUCUCAGGGAGUGUCCUGAGCAUAGCCAGGGUCUAUGCAAUAAACUCCAUUUUAGUGUAUCUUUUGAAAACAGAUGGACGGAUGAGUUAGUCAGAGGUUACGACAAUGGGGUACAAGCAGAUUGUGGAUAUAUUUCAGGUAUAGCAUUAAACAAACAAAACACUCCAGGAAGACAACAUGAAUAAGAAAAGGCACUUUCUUGAGGCUCCAGAGGUCAAAGACUAUCUGGUCAAAGGAGAAAGAUUUACCAAGUGGUCAGAGGACUCCACAAAGACCGCUCCUGUCACCAUGAAGAUGGAUCCGAAAGGUUUUUACGUCUACUGGAUAAACCAAAACAAGGAGACAACGUUCCUGGAUGUUGCUACAAUCAGAGAUACCAGAACGGGAAGAUAUGCAAAACUUCCAAAACACCCCAAGGUUCGCAACGUGUUCAACUUGGACUUUCCAGAAAGCAACCAUCUCGCCAAAACUCUGACCAUUGUCUCAGGUCCAGAUAUGGUGAAUCUGACCUAUCAUAACUUCUUUGCCUCAAAGGAGAAAGUGACCCAGAACUGGGCGAGUGACAUUCUUGCAAUUGCCUAUAACGCUGCAAGAAACAAUGCGUGCAGACAAGUCUUCCUGGAGAAAUUAUAUGUCCGCAUUUCUCUUCACACCAACAAGGACGGCAAAAUCCCAGUGAAACACAUUUACAAAAUGUUCCCUGCUGAUAAGAAGAGGGUGGAAAGCGCCUUGGCAUCAGCACACCUCCCUAAAGGAAAGUAUGAAAGCAUGAAGCCUGAUGUCUUCACUGAGGCAGCCUUCAAGGUCUUUCUGGCAAAUCUCUGUCCUCGGCCUGAGAUCCUUGAGAUCUUCACUUCUUACUCCAACAAACCCACCAUGACGAAGGAGAAUUUCACCAAGUUCCUCAACGAGAAACAGAGGGACUCUAGGCUCAAUGAGGAGCUGUUUCCACGUCUGCGGCAGGACCAGAUCAAGGCUCUGAUUGACAAAUACGAACCCUGCUCCUCUAAUACAAACAGAGGUCUGAUUUCUCCAGAAGGUCUCUUAAAUUAUCUGAUGGGGCCGGAGACAUCAGUUGUCAUGCAGGACAGGUUGGCCAAGUGUCAGGACAUGACCCAACCCUUGCCCCACUACUUCGUCAAGUCCUCCCACAACACAUACCUAACAGCUGGUCAGUUCUCAGGUGUGUCCUCUCCGGAAAUGUACCGUCAGUGCCUGCUGUCCGGCUGCCGUUGUCUGGAGCUGGACUGCUGGAAGGGCAAACCUCCAGAUGAAGAGCCCAUCAUUACUCACGGCUUCACCAUGACAACUGAGAUCCUUUACAAGGAUGUGAUUGAGGCCAUUGCUGAGAGUGCCUUCAAGACCUCACAGUAUCCUGUUAUCCUCUCAUUUGAGAACCAUGUUGACUCGGUGAAACAGCAGGAGAAGAUGGCAAACUACUGCAAAACCAUAUUUGGUGAUGCCCUGCUGACAGAGCCACUGGACAAAUACCCUCUGAAGCCCGGCCAGCAGAUCCCCAGCCCAUCUGAGCUCUUGGGCAAGAUCCUCAUCAAGAACAAGAAGGGCAGCCAUGAAAACCCCACCCAGACUAAGAAAGUAAGCCCAGCAGUCACUGACCAGACCACAACCACAGCUACAACAACCCAGGAUUCAAAUGCCACUUCCCAGGAUCCUGCCAGCCCAGCCCCCAUCCCCCAGGAGAACCAAGAGGGGGAUGCAGCUGUGGAGGAAAUUGAGGAGCAAGAGGACACGGAAGAACAGGACGAGGAGAAAAUGAAGACAUCAGAUGAGGGCACAGCUGGACAAGAAGUAACAGCGUAUGAGGCAAUGUCAUCCCUGGUCAACUACAUCCAGCCCAACAAAUUCAUCUCUUUUGACAAUGCCAGAAAGAAAAACAAGAGUUAUGUCAUCUCAUCUUUUGUGGAGACCAAAGGGGAGACAAUGAUUGCUAAGACUGCUGUUGAAUUUGUCGAAUACAAUAAGAGGCAGAUGAGCAGGAUUUACCCAAAAGGAACAAGAAUGGACUCAUCCAACUACAGCCCCCAGCCUUUUUGGAACGUAGGCUGCCAGAUGGUGGCGCUCAACUACCAAACUAUGGAUUUCCCCAUGCAGCUGAACAUGGCUUUGUUUGAAUUUAACGGCAAAACUGGCUACCUGCUCAAGCAUGAUGUUCUGCGUCGCAGUGACAAGAAGUUCGACCCUUUCUGUGACAGGAUUGACACCGUGGUGGCAAGCACAUUGACCAUAAAGAUCUAUUCGGGCCAGUUUCUUUCUGACAAGAACGUGAAAACAGGAGUUGAGGUGGAGGUGAUUGGGCUGCCAGGAGACCCCAAGAAGAAAUAUCGCACCAAGUGGUCCCCCACACCCAAUGCCAUUAACCCAGUGUGGAAUGAGGAGCCUUUUGUUUUUGAGAAGAUCCUGCUCCCAGAAAUGGCCUCUCUAAGAAUUGUAGUCCAUGAAGAGAAUGGUAAAUUCUUGGGACACAGGAUCAUCCCAAUUGAUGCCAUCCAAUCAGGUUUCCACCACAUCUGCCUGCGCAGUGAGAGCAACAUGCCGCUCACUAUGCCUGCUAUCUUUGCAUACAUUGAGGUCAAGGACUACAUCCCUGCCGCCUUUGCAGAUUUCACAGAUGCUUUAUUUAACCCAACAAAGGGCACAGAGAAGACCACAAAGACCCCGAAGGAGUCAUCCUCUGACUACAUAUCUCCCUAUGAGUUGCCUCUCGUGGCCCAAAGUCUCACGGACAAAGCUAGGGAAAUUGAAGCUCCUGCUGCAGGUACUGAAGAAAAGGCCACAUUUGAACCUACACCACUUGUUGAAACCACAGAUGAAACUUCCCUGUCUCCACCAGAAGCAACUGUAGAGGAAACUAAAGAAGAGGCUGAAAACGAGUCAGACAUCCCACAACCUGAAGCAGAACCUUCUCAAACUCCUGAUGACACUCCUGCUGGCGAUCCAUCCCGGGAUGGAGGAAACACCACACCUGAGCCCCUUCCUGAAGCCAUUCCUCCACCUGAAGAGGCAACCCCUGAGCAGGAAGCUGUUCUAGAGCCAGAGACAGCUCCUAUAAGCAAAGAGGAGGAAGUGAAUGACUCCAACGCAAACCAUGAGCCUGCCUCAGAUGAUAUACCAGGCACAGAUGCUGCCAGUGCUGCUGAAGAGCCUGCCGUUGCAGCUGUGCCCUGUCCAACAAGUGCAGCAGACGCUGACUCAUCUCAGCUACCGACGUGCAGUGAAGAGCCUUCGACUGUGGCUACUGGAGAACUGACACAGCACAAGAACUAUCUGAAGGUCGUCAAGCGACAGGAGAAAGAGCUGAAGGGGACUGAAAAGAAGUAUCAGAAAAAAACAGAGGAUCUGAUUCAGAAAUACUCUGACUCCUUCAAGGCCAUCAAGAAGAAGGCAUCACUGAAGAAAACAGAGGGAGAAGGAAACACCUCCAACUCUGGCGUGAAGAUGGACAGGGUGCGGGAUGAGAAGGAAAAAAUGCAGGUUGAGCUGCAGGCUUUGUGGAAGGAACAGUGUGAUCAGCUGAGGAAGAAGAAAGAGCAGUGUGCUACAGAGAGACUGGCCAAACUGUUGGAGAUGGCCACAGAGAGACACGACAGUGAACUGAGGACCCUGGAGAGCGAAACCAAAGAAAAUAAGAAGAAAACGCUCUCAAAACAUUCAUGCUCAGAUAAAGCAAAGCUGAAAAAAGCAAUGAGCACAGAGCUGUUGGAUGAGGCGAGUCAGUCUGAUGGUGCAUCUUCAGAUUACAGUCCACAGCAAGAGGCUCUGAUGAAGAAACAGGCUACCACUUUGGAGGAUAUCAAGAUCCUGACCAAUCAGCUCAAUCAGGAGGCCCUGAAGGAGCAUGAGCAGAAACUGAGGUCCCUGCCAGCAGAGGUGAGGGAGACCGUCAAUGUCUGUGUGGGGGCCCACUUUCCUGAACUGGUCGAUCAGGCUGGAGACAAAAGGGUGGAGGGAGUGGGCGUCUACGGAGAUGUUUUCCUGGGUUAGAUGUGUCUUUCAGUGUAGCCUUGUCCUAACUUUUUGGAAACUUUUUCUCCACUCUUAUAUUUUCUUUUAAGCUGUUACAUAACCUAUAGUUUGAGCAUAACUAUGGAAUAGUGCAUGAUUAUCCAAUUAGAAAAGCUCUGUGUGAAAUUUCAAUUAUAGGUGCUAUUCAUAGAGAAUUCUUUUGAAAUUCUGAAGCCAAUAAUGAUGUUUUCACAGAUAUCCUGUAAAGUUAGAUGAUUUGGACACGAUUUUCAUUUUCUAUUUGACUCUUUAUUUCUCUUCCAUUUGACCAGUGAAAGAAUACCCUAAUACAGAUUUCUUCCAGAUGAACGGCCAUCACUAAAAGCCUUACUUUGGUUUUGUGCUCACAGUCUCCUUUCUGUCCUCUUAAUGAGUUCAAAAAUGGGAAUAAAUGUAGCAAGAAAAAUA